GCAACACCUCACGAAUGCUCGCAAAAAUGGCUUUACAGCAGCGAAUACGCGGUCGUCAUGCUCAUACUCCCGGCGCGACCUUCCUUACCUACACACCAAAUGGCAAGAAGCUGAUCACAGCUGGUGUGGAUAAUUUCUGCCGGAUUUUCAGUACAGGGAGCGAUGAUGAGCCAGUUAUGGUGGAUGAAUGUAUGGAGAAUAGUACAGCUAUUGUCGCGAGCAAUGGCUUCUUCAUUGCGGGAGCCGAGGAUGGAACAGUGUCUAAAUACUCUUUGGCGGACAACACACUAGAUCAAGUACUUGUAAGGGCUUCUCUGCCGGUUCGAGAUCUUGCAUUGAGUCCGGAUGGCACCUGGGUUGCCGUUGCGAGCGAUGAAUUGGUUGUCAAGGUCGUCAAUACGCAAGACAAUAUGCAGAUUCAAAUCCUUCGCGACCAACCCCGAGCCGUCAAACAUGUUGCGUUCGACCACAGUGGAUCUCAUCUCGCUGUAUCCUGCACCGACGGCAAUAUCUAUAUGUACUCUUUGAGCUCAGAAGAGCCCAACAUGAUCAAGAAGGUGGAUGGGAUGAUCAAGAGCCUAGAAUCAGAUGCAGAGGCUAGUUCGAAGGUGCUAUGGCAUCCCGAUGGGAGAGCGUUUGCAACGCCGACAGCCGGACGAGAAAUCCAGGUCAUGUCUUUCAGCGAUUGGGAGCGUCAACGAGCAUUCAAUACUAGCCACUCUGCAGAUAUCACAGCUGCGGCUUGGUCACCAAAUGGUGCCCUGCUGGCAACUACCUCAAGCGAUAUGAAUCUUUGUCUUUGGGACGCAAAGACGCAGAAGCUACUCAAGAAGUAUGCUGAUAUGAAGGAUACGAUUCUCGCCAUGGUAUGGCACCCAACUGAGAAUAUCCUAUCAUACACAAACAACGGCGGAGAACUAUUCAUUCACACAGGCAUUGUGCCAGAAGAACAUAUCUCUCUCCUAGAAAAGUCCCUCCAAUCAGCCCCUUUCUUCCACGACCCAUCCGAAGGCCGAUCGGGAAAUGCUAUCAAGCCGGCCAAUGGAGCCACAAAUCUCGACAUUCCACACCGUCGACCUCUUCGGGCCCAGACCCCAGACUCCCUUGCUGACAUCUUAGGACCCAUGUCCGACGAUGAAGACAUGGCUGAUUUCGUAGUUGAUGAUGACGGUGCAGGUUACGCUCCCGUAGUGAACGGGCACGGAAAACGUACGAACGGACACUUAGGAGUUAUCCCUAAUGGCACCAGCAAGCGCCGAGCCUAUGGAUCAUCCUUUGAACCCGAAAUCCACGAAGCUUUUCAGCCGGGCAGUACCCCCUGGCGUGGUAAUCGGCGCUACCUCUGCCUCAAUCUCACCGGCUUCGUCUGGACCGUAUCCCAAGAGUCUGGCCAUCACAACACCGUGACGGUAGAGUUCUACGAUCGAGAGUUCCACAGGGACUUUCAUUUCACGGACCCAUUUCUCUACGACAAAGCCUGUCUCAACGACAACGGGACGUUGUUUUCAUGCCAGCCGAGUCAUAACGCCUCGGCCAUGAUUUACUACAGACCCCACGAAACUUGGACUACGCGAACGGAUUGGCGGACGAACCUUCCGAAAGGGGAAGACGUCACCGCAAUCGCGCUUUCUGACUCGUAUGUCGUAGUAACAACCAGUGCGAACUAUGUACGAGUGUACACCCUUUUUGGCAUCCCCGUGCGUGUCUAUCGUCAAAAAGCCAGCCCAGCAGUAACCUGUGCGGCAUGGCGCGAUUAUGUUUUGACCAUCGGGAACGGACCUAUUGGCGGAGACGGCAUGUGUCAACUCCUCUACACCAUCGAGAAUGUCAAGCGCGACGAAGUUUAUCAAUCGGGGGAUAUCGUCGCUCUAACCCCUAACUCGACACUCACAAGUGUCUUCUUCUCCGACAAUGGCGAUCCGUACAUCUACGACUCCACAGGAGUCCUCCUUACACUCUUGCACUGGCGUUCUUCCGGCCAGGCACGCUGGGUGCCUAUGCUCGACACGCGGCUUCUCUCGCGUCUUGAGACGGGCGCGAAGGAAGAGUCAUACUGGCCCGUCGCCGUCGCGAACCGGAAGUUUCAUUGUAUUAUUCUCAAGGGCGCGGACCAAUACCCUUAUUUCCCGCGCUCUAUUCUCUCAGAAUUUGAAUUCCAGAUCCCGCUCACCUCGCCCUCCGACAAUAGCGCCAAAGACAAAGACGAAGACCCCUCGGCCAUGAACGACGACGAAGCAGAGGGCGCAACCGGCAAAAAAGAAGACGACACCACGCGCCUAACCCAAACCCUUAUCCUCUCCAACACUCUGCAUACUCAACUCUCCUCAACUCUCUCCCAUACCCGGGGAUCACCCUCCCAGCGCCAAACCCUCAUCGACCUGGAAGUCGCCAUCGACCGCACGCUACUCCAGCUCCUGGGUUUAGAGUGCCUGGCCGGUGAAGACAGGGGUAUGAAGGCGUUGGAGAUUGUAACGCUUAUGCGCGAUGCAAAUGGCAAGAUGUUGGAUUUAGCGAGUAAAGUUGCGCAGAGAUAUGGGAGGGAGGUGUUGGGGGAGAAGAUCAGGGAGUUGGCCGAACGGAGGCUUGUAGGUUUGGAGGGGGAGGAUGAGGAUUAGGGAGGUAGGUUGGGUUUCUUGAGCAGAAUUGAGAGAGGUAAACGAGCGGGUUCGCUGUUGUCUGCGAUUUAUAGUAUGGCGUUUUGGUGGAUUCAAUGA